CACGGUCAGCCGUUCUGUCAGAAUACACCAGAGCCAGAUUAAAACAUGGUGGCAAAUUUUGAUAUAAUUGAUCCAGUUCAAAAUGAAAUGUUAGUGACAUUAACGGCGGAUUUGAAAGGAAUCCUAGCUGAUUAUGAUGACAUUGUGCUACACAAAGAGUUUUAUCGAUGUACAUUCGUUCAUAUACUGAGUGUACUUCGAAGUAAACUGAUAACUCUACUGAAACAAUAUAGCACUCUACCGAAGGAAGAUUUUGAGGAUAAAGAAAUUAAAUGCUGUGGGAUUCUUUUUAAAAAGAGGCAAUGCUUUCUAAACCAUUAUGCUAAAAUACACAACCAAAAAACACUACAAUCAGCUACUCUUUGCGAGUUAAAAAUGGCGCUUACAAAGAUAACAUUUUUCGAACGAAGUAUUCGCCAGUAUUUGGCAGGGGGCCGAAUUUCAAGCUGUGAAAUGCUUUUCAAUUUGAAGAAGGUUCUUAAAAAAUCGACACGACACUAGAGUUUUAAAACAACGGAGUUCUACUAUGCUAUUUCUACAUACUAGUAUAUCUGAAAUGGGAAUCCUGCUUUCCAUGUGUGAUUUGGAAUAGUAACAAAUAUAUCUUCUGU